AACAGCGAACCGGACCAACCAGACGACCUCAAAGACUGUGACUACUAGUACACUGUACUGUGACGAACUGUGUUUUAUGUUUUUCCUCUCUUUUCUUUAUGCGCCUCACUUUAUUUCCUUUCUUGUUUUUCUACAUCUCCUGUGGCGUUGACAAACGCCUGCCCUGCGACAAAAGGGAUCAGGACCACUCAGUUACUACCACCGUGGUUACUACUUUACUUGCUGCGUAGCUCGGCCGCUUGUAAUCCGUAUGUAAUCCGUAGUCCGUAUGCAUGGACCACGACGGCAUGGACCUACUUCGGAGGACCUCCAUGUCUAUAUGUUACGGGAGGACCUCCAUGUCCGUAUGUUACGCUAUGGCCGCUCGAUGAAAGCGCGCGAGGUUGUUUCUUUAUUCUAUGGUCCGAGCUUUGUGUAUUUUGGUGCUUGAACGGAUCAUCAACUACCUCAACUAGCACACCCAAAAGCUGUUGCUACAUAACGCGGUUCAGGCAAGAUUAAGUUAAAGAGACAUGUCUGGGUCCAGCGUUGAGUUGCAAGAAGUCGGUUGCGUGUCUGCACUCUCACCAAGAGAACGCCGCGAGUGCUUGCCAGUUUCCGUGAUUGCUGCACGCAGGGAGGAGUGGCCAACAAGUCAGCUAACACAACGGAUGAACUUGCAGCAGCAAGGAAUGAGCUGGCAGAUGGUCGAGGUGGGCCUGGCAGCCGUGGGUGAAGACCUGCAAGCUGUUGCUGAGGCCUUGCACACCUGUCAAGCAGCCCAUGCACAGGUGGGCCGUUGCGCGGACUUCCAGGCAGCAAGCGAGAUUACUGCAAGCAGACAAAAUGCCACAUCCAUGUGAUGUCUUGGAUUUCACUCGGUUUCUGGCCAUGCUAUUGCGAUUUCGCUAUAGCACCGCCAGAAACGAAGUGAUGAAGCAGGAAAUUAUAAUGCUGGCUGAUAGGUGGGUGCUUUUUUACUCACCAACGGCGGUAAAGGGCGGUGAUGGCGAAUGCAAUGUCACACAUCCUCACUUGUGGUGGGUGAUUGAAUUACUUUAGAGAAAUACGAACCCUCGAUCCAGACACAAUUUUCUCUGAAACUAAGCAUUUUUGUGCCAUAAAAGAAGUGCUUCAGUGUUUAGGGAAUGGUAUUUUAUCAGUAUACAUUGACAUAAUAUAUGCUUUUAGACUUCCUUUAAGAUUAGCACUCUGUAAUGCGGAUUCAUUCAGAAAUACUCUGGCAAAAUGUUGCACACUAACGUGCACUGCUACUGAUGUAUUCUCUGUCGUGCACCAACAACAUGCGCACACAGGCCCUCUUCUUCGUUCACAGAAAAUGCACUGUUUAAAUAUGUGCCUGUAUAGUUCCUACCACAGUCCCGCGGAGGUCAGCAUACUGCUGAGUAUACUCACUCAUCAUCAUUUAAAAUGUGUGAGUGAGUGAUGAAGGAUUUGAGUGAAUAUGAAUGUGAGUGAGUACCUAGAAGUUUGAGUAGACAUCAGCAUACCUGCCAAGUCUCCCGGAUUACCCGGGAGACACCCGGAUUUGGACCAUUUCUUCGGGUUGUACGGUUGACCGGAAAAUCUCCAGGAAAUUGCUGUUGUGUCCCAUUCCCGCGUCCAGCGCUUUGUCAGGCCACAUUGGCAAAAAAAAAAGUCCACCCCAAUCUAAUCCAGUUAGAAGUUCAUCAUGCAAAACAUUAUUAAGAAAGUCUAUUUCGUUAAACGCAGAUCCGCUGCUUACGCUGACGGGGUUGUUGGAUGCCAUAGUGGCCUUAGUCCCAUUAAGCUAGCCAGCGAAUGCCGCCUUCCACAACUAGCAACUCUAGACUCUCCAUCGUUCUUCUUGGCGUCAGCCACUCUGGCAUUGCAUAGGCUACGGUCAGUCAUGGCUUUAAAAGCAAGGAGCGCUAGCGCAAACAGUAUCUUCAAGGUAUGGUAUAUUUUAACUGCGCUAACCCACACGGACAUGGAUGAGGCAGACAAGACGUACGUGCGCAGACUUGCAACUGAAUGUUUAAUGGGUACAGUUUAAAGAGAUAAAGACUACACGAGGGUGUGUAAGCGAACCUUCGGUGUCACUAGCUGAUUGCGAGAUGGAGCUUUUAGAUGCUACUGUGUGAUGUCAACAUAUCUAUGGUUGGAUCGCCAAUCAGAUGUAUUCAUUUUUCUCUGUAUAUAUGUCAUUUUCACCCAUUAACAUUCAGUUGUGAGUCUGCGCACGUCUUGUCUGCCUCGUCCUUGUCCGUGUGGGUUAGCGCAGUUAAAAUAUACCAUGCAUGUUAACCAACUAGCCCGACUCGGAGCUCUACUUCAGUAUCUUCAAGUAUUUUUACUGUAGUGCUCAGCCAAAGUGACGUUGGGUAUUUUGUUGAUACGACAGAGCAAUGCAGAGUGCGAGCGGCAAUUUAACAUUGUGAAAAAUACGAGGAUGCAGUGCCGCUCGUCCAUGUGUCCUUCGUUGAAAACGCUGGGAAACAUCAACCUCGCAAAAUGUGAAAGAAAUAGAAUUUCUUACAAUCAAACAUUAUCUGAGGAAUUUUUCAACACCCGCCGUGGUUGCUUAGUGGCUAUGGCGUUGCCCUGCUAAGCACGAGUUCACGGGAACAAAUCUAGGCCGCAGAGGCCGCAUUUCGUUGGCAGCGAAAUGCAAAAACGCCUGUGUGCCGUUCAUUGGGUGCACAUUACAAUAACCCCAGGUGGUCGAAAAUAAUCCGCAGUUCCCCACUACGGCGCGCCUCAUAAUCAGAUGGUGGUUGUGGGACAUAAGACCCGGGAAUUUAAUUAUAUUUUAAAGAAUUUUUGAAGGCAAAAUUAGCAACGAAAUACUUGCAAAAGUGAGACCUUGGUGUUCAUGUGGUCAUUUGUAUAUCUGUAAAUAAAAUUGUAAUGACGUUCUCCUGGCAGUACUUAAAGGGACACUAAAGCAAAACAAUAAAUCAACUUACUAGACUGGUAAAGUAUUCUUCGAAAACUCUGCUGUCGUUAAUUACACUGCAAUAGGUCAAUUAUUAGAAGAGAAAAUGAAGCUCAAAGUUAAUUUGUUGAAUUUCGCGCAAAAACCCCAACGUCAGCACUUCAAUGUGACGUCACGACCUCUAGAGUAAUUUUUCAUAUUUGGGCCACGUUGGCUCAGUAAAAGUUCGCCAAACUUGCCACAUUCAGUUUUGGGCUCCUUUAGAACGCAAUGUAGUCAAUCUUUACCGCUAAAGAACUAACCGAGACCUAGAAGACGCUGUCAAAAUCGAUGAUGUCACGGUGAGCUGGUGCGGGAACUUCAAGGUGGUGUCCCGACUCGCCGUCUGUGUUUUUCGUUUCUUUCUGGCUUACGAAGCGACUUCUCACGCUAAGAGUGGUGUUUUCGGAAUUUCGGAAGGGUAAUCUACUUAUACAGAAGAAAUCAUUUUUCCCUUUAGUGUCUCUUUAAAUAUAGACGUUGGGGGAGGGGGGUGUAACCACCUGACCACCCCCCCCCCCCC